GGAACGCGAGAAGAGAGUCGGUUACCAUGAGCAAGAGAGAGGAGCAGUGUACAUGAAUGGCUCUGUAUUUCUAAGAUCGGGGUGCAUCUUUUCUCGGUACCUUUCACACUCUUCUGAGCCUGGCGUAUCGUUACUUUGCGCUUUCUUGUAUUGUUCAUUCACGAAAAAUCAAUUCCACCUUUCGUGUUAUUUUCAACAGGGCGUCGAAACUCCAAGUUUUACUUUGCACCCACGUGGCAAGAUCGCUGAACUCUUUUUUUAAUCAUGUUCUUUUUUCAUUUUUUAGUUCAAUUCUCUCUGAAGGUUUCUUGGUUCACCUACAUUGGCGUGAAUACUACUAUCUGACUGAAGAGUAAAAUUAGAAAUGCUUUCCUUGGAAUAAAAUCAAGAAGUUAUGAUAAACGUGGACAGGAGAGGGAGCAAGAACGGCAAAGCAGGGGUGUCUCGCGUCCGCGCGGCUCUGCAGGAUGCCGUUGUCCGGUCAGCAGAAUAUAAGUCGCCCCUAAGCAUAACCACUGGGAGUAACAAAGGGCCGACAAGCGUGAGUGGACCACCAAGUACGAAAGAGAUCUAUAGCGGUCGUGGGAGAAGCGGAGAGUCUCCAACGGCUUUUACCCUUGUGAAAAAUAAUACCUCAUCGAAAAGUACAACUCUUACAACUGGCGCCUUGUCGUCAGCCGAUGCCAAGAUAAGUCCGUCCCCUUCGAACAAGGGGAAUCCAUAUGCAGAAAAUGUGGCGAGUAAGUAUGCUACCACAGAAUACUGGGAUGAACGGUUUCGAUGGAUGAUACGAAGCCCGAAAAAGCAAGACUCGUCGCCGAAGAAGCUUUUCGGUGUCUUGGCCAAAACUUCUUCACCAAAAAAAAGUGACCAGAAUCCAAAUGGUGCCAACAAUGCGGUUGAAGGGAGUACGGUAGCAUCUGCAAGUUUAUCUGUCACAAGCGGAGUUGGUGCUGGCAAUGUUGGCGGCACGACAACUCCUGGCACCAAUAAAAAUGGGAAAGCUCCUCCUGGUGCUUCUGCUUCCAAUGUCUCCUCUCCCGACAACAAGGUGGUGGUUCCUAUUCCCCGUGAAGAGUUCUACAAUGUGCGAUAUUCGCAUGUUGCUAGUGACGUCCGUAGAUUUCUGGAGACGCAAGAGAAAAUUCUGGGCCUUUCUCCCUACGCCAGAGACACUCGCCGGAUUUUGCAUGUUGGAUGCGGCUUUUCUCAUUUCGGAACGGGCUUAUGGCACGAUGGCUACCGCCUCACCGUGAAUUGCGACAUAAGUCCCGUAGCGGUGCGAGUGAUGCGAGAGGCGUUUCCAGAGCAAAGAUUCGCGCUCCUAGACGUGAUGGACAUGGUCACAACUACUGGACCACCAGGUGGAGGUACUGCCACUAGUGUAAAUAGAGACAUAUUUAUGAACGCAGUGCCACUGCAUCAACGCGCUACGACGGUAGGGGCACAGGCGGGACAGGCGAAAAUAAGUCAUGAGCCCGUGGAAGAAGUCGCUGGAAAAACCAGUGAUCCUGCUACAGCACCAUCGAAUAAGGAUGACACGAUAGCAGGUGCUGCAACAAGAAUUGAGACUGCACCAACGAGGGAGACCGCAACAAGGAUGAACAAGGCGGUGACGGAAGUAGCAGGCCCGGAGACUCCCGAGCAAGGUCAAAAAAUCGAGAAAGCGAAGGCCAAAAGCGUUCAUGCAAUUGUGGACAAGGGAGUUCUAGAUUCUCUACUCUGUGGUUCGGGUGGCCAAUCGCGUUUCAAAACCUGCAUGGAUGAGGUUCACAAAGCUUUGAUAGACACGGAGGGUUACUUUAUAGCGCUCACUGGCAGCACGCUGACCAUGACUCAACUCGAAGCCUUAGCGGAAACAAGAGCUGGAAAUCAGUUCUCGAAUAUCCUUGGAGAAGCGCCAGCGAGGGGUGAUUUUCCGUCACUUGAUGUUGCUCAACAAGGGGGCGCGACUUCUGUAGCAUCGAGGGAUCAAAAAGCGAAUAUGAGCCAUACAAGCGUCGCCUUUCGCAACAGAGCCAAGGCUAUUGCGCAUCGCAACAGGAGCUCUGCCGGGAGGGCGUUGUUGACGAGCGUGAGCAAAGAAACACCCUCUAUACCAAUUGCCUCUUCUACGUCGAGUUUGAGUAAAGAGACGUCUUCUACGAGUACUAGCACAACGACCGAGCAACCGCCGGCGGGAAGUGCGCGCAACGUUGUAAGCGCGAUGCGGUCGACUUUUGGGGGACGUUUUGUCGCAACACGGGCACCAAAAUGGAAACUGAUGGAAAAGAUCCCCAUCCCAAUGCCCAAACAGCCUCCAGGCAAAUAUUUCAUGUACUGGUUCAAAAAACUCCCAGUUCCUCCUGAGCAACAGAAGUGAAAGUAUAAGGGAAGGCAGCUUGUUGUAGCAGCAGAACGAGUUGUGAAGGAUCAAGAUCCUGAAGGCAGGAGCUUAUGCAGUGUUGAGUAGGCAUGACAACAGGACGAGCAGUGUUGCACUACUAUACUAGGGUUUAGGGCACUGAUAUAUUAUAGGGUAUGAUCUUCCCGCAGAAACCACGUGCGCAUGCGGUGGACGCUGUAUGGAGUCGUUUUCCUUCUUGGCGCCAACUUCUAAAUACAACACUAAAUUUGCACACAGCUUACGCUACUGAGAUGACACGAGGCGUUUCCUCCAUUACUGAAUAACCAACCUAAACGAGUGUAUCCGCACCUCUCGCGCGUUUAUAUGGUAAUAUGUGUUCACGACCAAGACGAGCGACAAGGACGAGCAGGAAGCGUGCGCGUAUGCGUGUUGUGUCUCGUGCAGCGUCGUGACAAAAUCUUGUCGCUGCGCGUCCUGGCCAUGGCAGAGUUAAGAUAGACGAGGUCAUUUGUGGUUGUAGGAAAGACGAGAAUUCAUGGUGGAAAGAAAGUAAGAAUGUGGAAGUAAAAUUGUGAGUAGAUGGCUUGUAAGUUUGGCUUUUGAGUUUUGCAU